AUAUGGAAGAUCUCAUAAAGUCUCCUCUCAUUUCUCAAGCUUAGUUAGCUCACCCUAACUCAAAGUUUGCUAUCUUCUUUCUUCAAGUGAAGAACAGAAAUUUACCUAUUCCUUUUAUAACAAGAAAGCUGUGAUAAAUAGGUGAACUCAGAAACCUAUUGUUAACUAAGAGUAGACAGAUCUCUAGCUCCAAUCAUUAUAGCUUUCCUUACUGUUACUUCCUUAAUUUUCUAGCACUUCUAAUUCAGUCUACUACUCUUGGCUUAAUUUCCAUCUUUCUAUAUCCAACAAAUAAGUGUAGAAUUGAAGUCAAAGACUAUGGAUGAAGAAGGAGAAAUGGGAAGAAGGCCUAGAGGCAGGCCGGCUGGAUCCAAGAACAGGCCCAAACCACCCAUUAUCAUCAACCGAGACAGCGCCAAUGCCCUCCGAACACAUCUCAUGGAAAUUGCAGACGGUUGUGAUAUAAUGGAAAGCAUUUCCAAUUUUUCCAGGAGAAGACAAAGAGGAGUUUGUAUUAUGAGUGGAACAGGCAAUGUUACUAAUGUAAACCUAAAACAACCAGCUUCACCAGGUGAAAUUGCAACUCUACAUGGGCGAUUCGAGAUCUUAUCGUUGUCCGGAUCAUUUCUUCCGCCGCCAGCACCUUCAGCAGCUUCUGGAUUGACUAUAUAUUUAGCCGGCGGGCAAGGACAAGUAGUGGGAGGUAGUGUGGUUGGCGCGCUAAUGGCGUCAGGGCCGGUUGUUAUUAUGGCUGCUUCGUUUAGUAACGCUGCUUAUGAGAGGCUUCCUUUAGAAGAGGACGAUCAAAAUCCACUUCCAAUGGCUCCAGGAGGAUCUCCUGAGGCCACUGGAGGACACGGACAACAACAACAACAAUUAUUAGCGGACGGAUCGUUACUUCAUGGAAUGCCACCAAAUCUUCUCAACUCCAUUCAGUUACCUCCUGAGGGCUAUUGGGCAACAGGCCGACCUCCAUUCUAACUUGAACGAAUUUGUACGAGGGGUAUAAAUUCUUUCUCUUGAUCUUUUUAAUUCGCUCCUAUUUUCUAGUAUUACAUUAGGAGAUCAAGGAAGGGGGACAAUAAGAAAAAUCUGUUGGUGACAGAUUAUUAAGAAAUUUUGUUAGCUAUGAGUAAUUUAGCGACAGAUCAGCAAAGUUCAUAGCUAAUUCGAAUUUUUUUUUUAGUGCACAAGCGCCACAAGAUUGUAAGCCUUGGUGUGGUAUUCUUUCUCUUGUUUCAAUUGUCUAAUUAGCUUCUAUCCAAGAAUUCUUAGGAAAAGGAUUUAUUUUGGGUCGUUGACCAUUUUAAGUUUGUAAUUCUUUGCUUUAGAUAACUUUGGAUUAUAUCCUUUUUCUACUAGAUUUUGUAUUGUAUUUUUGAUGAUGAUUAGUUAUAUAUGUACGGUAAUUUGAUCAAGUGAA